CUCCAAAACCACCAGUACCAACACCACCUAUUGUUUAUCCACCAGUCGCUCCAAAACCACCAACACCACCUGUAGUGUCACCUCCAGUCACUCCAACACCACCUAUUGUCUCUCCACCUGUUGUGCCAAAUCCUCCGGUGGUAACACCGCCAUCCUAUGUGCCAAGUCCUCCGAUUGUCACUCCACCAACAGUUCCCACACCCCCUACACCAUGCCCACCACCACCACCAACAAUAGUACCAUCACCACCUGCUCAACCAACUUGUCCCAUUAAUGCUCUCAAAUUAGGUGCUUGUGUGGAUGUUUUAGGAGGUCUGAUCCACAUUGGGAUCGGUGGCAGUGCAAAGCAGACGUGUUGUCCACUUCUUCACGGACUUGUGGACUUGGAUGCAGCCAUUUGUCUUUGCACAACUAUUAGGCUCAAGCUCUUAAACAUAAACAUCAUUCUUCCCAUUGCCCUUCAAGUUCUUGUUGAUGACUGUGGCAAGCACCCACCCAAAGACUUCCAGUGUCCUUCAUCCUAAAUCAAGGACACUGAGCUGGACAUUUGAUUAAUUCUACCGCAUUGUCAUAGUUGAAGGGACAUUCUGCGAAUACAAGUGUGUGAAAGUGCAAUUUUCAUUUUAUCAUGGCAAUAAAUUGAGAAAAAAAGGAGAGAUAAUUAUGCUUUAAGUUGACGUUUUUAUCUAGCUGUCUGUUAAUGUACUGAAUGUUGUAUUCUCAAUAUUGUUUUAGGGAAAUACUUUUAAUUAGUGGUGCUUAUAUAGUUGGAGUGUUACUCGUUUGAAUGA